AUGGCUUCCCCUAGCGUUCUCACCUUUGACGCUGAGGGUUGGGUAGUGGACUUUGAGGUCUGGGUAGAUGAUCUGCAGCUUUUUCUGCAGUGCGAUAGGGCAGACGGCCUCUCCCUGUUUGACCUCACUUCUGGUGCCUCCCCUGCCCGUGCUGCUGACGCUGAGGCCACUCUUCGCUCACAUUAUGCCACACGUGAUGCUGCUGCUCGCCUUGCUGUUCGCCGCCACUUUCUGACCACUGAGCGUGCGCACUUUAGCCAGUACAAGAGUGCUCAGACCUUGUACGACGCUGUAGUUGCACGCUACUCUUCCCCUGCCACUGCUGCAUUGAGCCGCCUCAUGCUACCAUUCCUCUUCCCUGACCUUGCUGCCUUUCCCACUGUCGCUGACCUCAUUACGCACCUCCGCACUCUUGACACUCGCAACCACACUGCGCUUCCUCCUGAGUUUUGCGCCAAGAACCCCCCCCCCAUGUACAUCACCCUCUACUACAUAGUCACCCGGCUCCCUGACUCUCUCCGCGUAGUCAGGGACCACUUCCUCUCAGUUUGCCCCACCACUCUCACCGUUGACCUCCUCGAGAAGGCCCUCCUAGCUAUAGAGAAGAGCAUAGUCGUUCCGACCUCGUUCGUUUCGAGUCGGUCGGCGCUGCGUCUGCCUCGAGCGGGAGACGCCGCACCGGCAAGGGCAAGGGGGGCAAGGGCACUGGAGGGGGUGGAGGGGGCGAUGGAGGUGGUGGUGGAGGCGGUGGAGGGAGUGGGGGUGGUGGUGGGAGUGGUGCCGGGGGUGGUGGCGGCGGCGGCAGCAGUGGAGGCGGCGGAGGCGGUGGAGGUGGCGGAGGGAGCGGAGGUGGCGGAGGUAGUGGAGGAGGCGGAGGUGGAGGAGGCGGUGGAGGCGGCGGAGGCGGCGGCGGCAGAGGCGGCGGUGGUGGAGCGAGUCGCGACUCUACACCGAGGAGUGGCGCCGGUGGUGGUCAGCGCCAUCAGCAGCAGCGGUGUGGUGUGA